AUGGCCACAGCCCAGAAUCUCUCCUUCGUCCUCGAGGGCAUUCACAAGGUCAAGUUCGAAGACCGACCGAUCCCGGAAUUGAAGGACCCCCACGAUGUGAUGAUCAAUGUAAAGUACACUGGUAUCUGUGGCAGUGACGUACACUACUGGGAGCACGGAGCGAUCGGUUCGUUUGUCGUCAAAGAUCCGAUGGUCCUCGGACACGAGUCGGCAGGUAUCAUCAGCAAGGUCGGAUCGGCAGUCAAGGCCUUGAAGGUAGGUGACCGGGUCGCCAUGGAACCCGGUAUCUCGUGCCGCCGGUGCGAGCCCUGCAAGGCCGGAAAGUACAACCUGUGCGAGAACAUGGCCUUUGCUGCUACCCCGCCAUAUGACGGAACCCUCGCCAAGUACUAUGUUCUCCCCGAGGACUUCUGCUACAAGCUUCCUGAGCAGAUGUCUCUCCAGGAGGGUGCCCUCGUGGAACCCCUCAGUGUCGCGGUCCACAUUGUGCGCCAAGCUGGUGUCAGCCCGGGCCAGUCGGUCGUCGUGUUCGGAGCUGGCCCCGUGGGCCUGCUGUGCUGCGCCGUGGCGACUGCCUUUGGUGCCUCCAAGGUGGUUGCCGUGGAUAUCCAGCAGUCCCGUCUGGACUUUGCGCAACAGUACGGCGUGACGUCGACCUUUACGCCCAGCAAGGUCCCGGCCACGGAGAACGCAGAGCGUCUGCGGCAGGAGAACGACCUGGGAGCUGGUGCCGACGUGGCAAUUGAUGCCUCUGGAGCUGAGCCCUCUGUUCACACCGGCAUCCACGUCCUGCGCAACGGUGGUACGUACGUGCAGGGUGGCAUGGGCCGCAGCGAGAUCCAAUUCCCCAUCAUGGCGGCCUGCUCCAAGGAGCUCAACAUCAAGGGUAGCUUCCGCUAUGGCAGCGGAGACUACAAGCUUGCAGUCGGCCUGGUCUCGAGCGGCAAGGUGGACGUCAAGAAGCUAAUUACCGGCACGGUCAAGUUCGAGCAGGCCGAGCAAGCCUUUACGGAGGUCAAGGCUGGCAAGGGUAUCAAGACCUUGAUUGCUGGAAUUGAUGAGUAA